AUGCUAAGUACUGCCUCGUGGUCUCCUCUUUCGUCCCCGUCACAGUUUAGUCUGAAGUUGACACUGAAAGAGACUGGAGGACUAUCCUCUUGUAACUGUAAGCAUGGAAAGGGAAACAUGUCCACCGUGGUCAGCCGUGGAAACAAACCUCCUCCGGGUUUUAGACAGGUGAAGACAUCACCGCUCUCACAAGCUACCAAGGCCAAGCCAAGCCGCCUCCGGCCACCCCAUGGCACGGGCAAUCUCGGCGCGAAUCCGGCCAACUCGUGCCCGCUCACGCCGCUGGGCUUCCUGGAGCGUGCGGCCACCGUCUUCGCCGACUGCCCCUGCGUCGUCUACCACGACACGGUCUUCACCUGGUCCCAGACACACCGGCGAUGCCUCCGCCUCGCCUCCGCGCUCGUCUCCCUUGGCAUCACCCGCGGCGACAUCGUGUCCGUGCUGUUGCCGAACGUGCCGGCCAUGUACGAGAUGCAGUUCGGAGUGCCCAUGAGCGGCGCCGUGCUCAACAACAUCAACACGCGCCUGGACGCGCGCACGGUCGCCGUCCUGCUCCGCCACUCCGGCUCCAAGCUCGUCUUCGUCGACCCAUCGUCGCUCCAGCUCAUCAACGACGCGCUCCGGCUACUCCCGCCGAAGCACCCGGCCCCGCGCGUGAUCCUCGUCGAGGAUCCUCAUGAGGACUUCUUCCCUGCUGCCCCGGCUGACACGUUAACGUACGAGAGGCUUCUCGACAAGGGCGACCCGGAGUUCGUGUGGGUGGAGCCGGCGAGCGAGUGGGACCCGAUGGUGCUCAACUACACCUCCGGCACGACGUCGGAGCCCAAGGGCGUGGUGCACUGCCACCGCGGGCUCUUCUUGAUCACAGUCGACUCGCUCAUUGAAUGGGCGGUUCCGCCGAGGCCGACGUACCUGUGGACGCUGCCCAUGUUCCACGCCAACGGCUGGAGUUUCCCCUGGGGGAUGGCCGUGGUGGGCGGUACCAACGUCUGCCUCCGCCGCGUCAACGCCGCCACGGUGUACGCCGCCAUGGCGAGCCGCGGGGUCACCCACCUCUGCUGCGCGCCCGUCGUGCUUAACAUGCUGGCCAACGCCCCCGACGGCGUGCGGCGGCCGCUCCCGGGAAAGGUGUGCAUUCGUACGGCCGGCGCACCACCGCCGGCAGCCGUGCUGCAGCGCACGGAGGCCAUUGGCUUCGAGAUCAGCCACGGGUACGGGCUAACCGAGACCGCGGGCCUGCCGGUGUCCUGCACCUGGAAGGUUCAGUGGGACAGCCUCCCUGCGCCGGAGCGCGCACGGCUGAAGGCGAGGCAGGGCGUGCGCACGCCGGCCACGGGCAACGUCGACGUCAUCGACAGCGAAACCGGCCGUACCGUGCCCCGCGAUGGCGCCACGAUGGGCGAGAUCGUGCUCCGCGGCGGCUGCGUCAUGCUCGGCUAUCUCAACGACGACGAGGCGACAGAGGCGGCGAUACGUGAGGACCGGUGGUUCUACACGGGGGACGUCGGCGUGAUGCAUCCGGACGGUUACCUGGAGAUCCGCGACCGUUCCAAGGACGUGAUCAUCAACGCCGGUGAGAACAUCAGCAGCGUCGAGGUCGAGUCGGUGCUCUACGGUCACCCGGCGGUGAACGAGGCAGCCGUGGUGGCGCGUCCGGACGAGUUACGAGGCGAGACGCCGUGCGCGUUCGUCAGCCUCAAGGAGGACGCGUCGGGCACGGUGACCGCAGCCGACGUCACUGCGUGGUGCCGGGAGCGCAUGCCGCAGUACAUGGUGCCCCGAACGGUUGUCUUCCUGGCCGAGCUGCCCAAGACCUCCACCGGCAAGAUCCAGAAGUACGUGCUUCGGAACCUCGCCGUGGAGAUGGGGCCCGCCCGCAAGGGCGUCACUGGCAGCAGGCAGCAGCAGUAA